AUGGCUGGCGACAAUAUGAGUGAUAUUGGGAAGCUAGCAGAAGCAGUGGACAGAAUUACGACCACGUUCGCUUCUCUAGAUGCUAGGUUAGACCAGGCGGAAGCGGAUGCGGGUCAAAGCGCGACCUUGACCUCCACCAUAGCUGCGGUUCAAGAACAACUCCAAGAGCUCCUCGCUAGCAAACCUCAACCUCAAACGCCGGUUGUCGUCCCUAAACCCGCUAUCCCAGCCGAUAUUACCCCAUUUGCUGCACAGUUUCAGUUGUAUAAUCUCCAAACUAUCCUCGGAAAGCUGACGGGUCGAGAAAAACCUGCUGAUGUCGAAAAAUUCUUUAUCACUUUUCGCUUGAAUUCGUCGACCCUCACUGCCGUUCAAAGAGAAAGCGUUUUGCUGUCCAAACUUUUUGACUCAGCGUUGAGCCUCUUUGAACGUUCCAGGGGACAACUCGGAGACGUGCCAUUCGAUGUUCUACUGGAGGAUUUCGAAAGACAAAUGAAGAACAGAGUAUCUGGGGCCAAGAAUUUGACGGCCGACUUCAUCAAGCCACUAAUUCGUCGUCCUGGUAUGCCUAUCCAAGAUUUUGCAGACAAGGUGUACGACAUCAUCCUCAAAGCUUUCCCAACUGUCGAUGGCCUUACACUUGAAAAAAUGGCAGUUGAGAAGUUCUUGGCUGGAGUCAAUAGUCGGGAUGUCCAAUUGGCAUUGUCGUCAGCACUGUGCGUGGACCUGUCCUACCAAGCUAUGGUCAAUGUAGCUAUCAGAGCAGAAUCUGUUCAGUACACCCGUCCUUCCCCUCAACAAGGAAUCGGAUUUGGAAAUCGAGACAAUUCUCAUCCUCAACAACAGCUCAAUCUCAAUCAGAGAGAAGCCCAGAGCAAUGAUCAAGGUCCUAGAAAUUUUUCUGAAGACAACAGGUCCAACGAAGGGAACCAGGGUUUUCAGAGACCCGGACUGUAAAAGAGCGCAUGGUCCCGGGUCAUAAAAAGCGCCAGUUGUGUAACUAUUGUCACAGAGGCUACCACAAUCCAGCUCAGUGCAAUGUAAAAGCUGACCAGGAAAGGAAAAGGAUCAAAAAAACUCCGAGUUCUGCCCCGAUCAAUCUGAAUUUCUCUACCCAGAGUCAAAGCGACCCAACUAUCUCCCGCAAUGUUUCAUACAUUCCUCCGGUUAUACAGAACGCAGAGACCGAACCUCAAAUUUUUGAAGAAACUUCGGAUCUCAACGGUCACCUGUUAGCCACCGAGUCUUCUCCUUUGGUUAUUGAAAGGACUGGAGAAGUUAGUAAACUUCAACAAGAGGAAAAGUACAACGACAUUCUUUCGGCCCAGUUAGCACUUUCCGCUGAAUUCGAUAGGCAAUUACUUUCGAUAUCACCCAAUAUGGACGUUAUCCUCCCACCAAAAUUGCUGUCGCAAGAUGAAGCGUACAGACAUUUUCAACUCCAACAGCAAGAUGGUGACAUUCAACCAAGUCUUCCUCAAAGUUUGAUCCCCGGUCAAAAUCAGAUCGUGAAUUCAAACCAAGUUCAGUCUCUUACUGAAGCACCCAGUAACGGUCCAUCUCAAAAAGCGACUAUCGAUGAGGUUAAUUUGGAUGCUUAUACCGUCAACUUCGUCAAGGGUUUGAUCGAGAAAUCAGAGAGGAGAAGAAAAGAACUCGAAGCGGAAAACUUGGGGUUGAUCCAUUCUCAGAAUGCCGUGCAAAUUAAUUUUGAAAACGAGAAUUGGAACUUCGAAAGCUUAUUUAAAGAGGAAAAUCAGGCCUCAGAAGGUGGAAAAGAGACCGAUUACACCCAAGACUUGUCUGGAACCGUCUUCACAUCUUGGAUCAAGGUCAAGAAUAAAAACAACGUCGAUUUUCCUGACAUCUUGGAGAAUUCUAUGUUCAAAUCUUGGAUAAGAAACCAAAAAUGGAUCAGAAAGGGCAUUGUGCUUGAUAGAAACGACGGUUUUGAGUACUUGGAAGACUCAUGUUACUUUAGUUGGUCCUCCUACUGUGAUUCAGAUCGCAAAGAGAGAAUUUUGGACUCCCACAAUACCGAAAACGCAACGUCUGCGCCAGCUUUUCGGGGAAAAGGUUGCAAGUUCAAGACAGCUUCCAUCAACUCGGAAAUUGAUUCCAAUUCCGCAAAUUUCCCUUGGUAUUCAAAUCGAAUUUUGAAUGAGAAAGUGGUAGCAAGAUACCAGAGAUCAAGGUACAAUGCGAGGCCUAAAGCGAUAUUUUGGUCAGGUUUGUUGUUUGACCAACAUCUUUGUGACAUUAUGGCACAGUUUGCUGUUUACCGUUGUAUUUUGUCAAAGGUGUUUGCUUUCUUGGUCCGCGCUUCGACCAUUUAUUUAUUUCACACCGAUUUGUUGUCAGAGCUAUGGCACUUCGCGCUUUCAGACACAACACAUCCAUCUGAAACGCCGAGACGUCGUUUGACGGAUAGGGGGGAGGUUGUAGGGUUAUCCAGGUAUUGUUUAGGGGCUUUUUAAUUUCAUUUAUUUUCAGGUUUUGAUGUCGGGACGUCAUCACAUAUGAGGGGAGCGAGUAGGACCAGCGGCACCCCGAUGGUCCGUCAAUCCAAGCCUAUUCUCGACCGAUUCCCAGAGUUUCCCAUGAUCAACCGCUCUACGUGA